AUGCCCUUCGCACAACUUGUCAUUGGGCCUCCUGGUGCAGGCAAAUCAACAUAUUGUAAUGGCAUGCACCAAUUUCUGGGGGCUAUUGGCCGAAAAUGCUCCGUCGUGAAUUUGGACCCCGCCAACGACAAGACUUCAUACCCAUGUGCGCUGGACGUACGGGACUUAGUCACGUUGGAGGAAAUUAUGGAUGAAGAUAAGCUGGGCCCAAAUGGGGCUACGUUGUAUGCUCUUGAAGAGCUCGAAGAGAAUUACGCAUGGUUAGAGGAAGGCCUGAAGGAGCUGGGAGAGGACUAUGUUCUAUUCGACUGCCCUGGCCAAGUCGAGCUAUUCACACACCAUUCCUCUUUGCGAAAUAUCUUUUUCAGAAUCCAGAAACUAGGCUAUCGACUCAUAGUCAUUCACCUCGUUGAUUCCUACGCCCUCACUCUUCCAUCCAUGUAUAUAUCUGCUCUUCUCCUCUCCCUUCGCGCCAUGCUACAGCUUGAUCUCCCGCAUCUGAACGUCCUCACCAAAAUCGACAACCUCUCCAACUACAAUGAUCUCCCGUUCAACCUUGAAUUCUACACUGAAGUCCAAGAUUUAUCAUAUCUUCUUCCCCAUCUCGAAGCCGAGUCUUCAAGGCUUGCGCAUAACAAGUUUGGUGCUUUGAACACCGCCAUAAUCGACCUGGUCGAGGAGUUUGGCCUCGUAGCAUUUGAGACGCUGGCGGUGGAGGACAAAAAGAGCAUGAUGAGUCUUCUUCGAGCCAUCGAUCGGGCAUCCGGAUACGCAUUUGGCCCUGCAGAAGGAGCUAAUGACACCGUAUGGCAGGUUGCCGUUCGAGAAGGCUUGGGCAUAACGGAUGUGCGGGAUGUGCAAGAGAGAUGGCUUGAUGCAAAGGACGAGUAUGACGAGCUUGAACACCAGGAAUUAGAGGCCGAAGCGCAGGCACGGAACGAGGCAGAGAAGGCAGCUACAGCUGGGGAUCCUGAUGACCUUGAUGAGGACGAGGAUUUGGCGAACUGGAAAGGACCUCUUCCAGAUAGCGGCGUCAAGGUCCGGCGCAAGGCCUGA